AAAUAAAAAUUAAAAAUCGAAGCUAUUAGUUUCGGGUAAGGGUAUGGUUGCGUGGUUAUGGCGCAACUGUCUCUAUAAUCAACAAUUCAGUUAUCCAAACCGACCCGAUACUCUUCUUCAAAUUCCCACUUCUCAACUGAGGAACAAGUGCUGGAGUGUUAAUUAGAACAAUGGACACUCAAAGUGCUAAAGACACAGUUGAUAUUGAUCUUGGAGGGGUUUCUUCCAGUGGAGAAGCAGCUGGGGAUCUGGGUGAUGACAUGGUAACAAUGCUCGAUGGGCUGGAACUGAAUCGGGCGUGUUUUUCUGAGAAAGUCGCAAACUUAAACAAUUUUGUGAUGCACUUGGAAGCUCUCGGGGUUGAAUUGGAGGGCUUUGUUUUGGACAGAGAAGACAAUGAUGUGGAUGUGGGUUGUGUUGGGAAGUUUCUUGAGUUUGGCCUGUUAUGUGGGGUGUUGGGUUCUGAGGUUGUGGAAUUGGAUAGGUUCUUGGACGCCCUUCAUGCUGAGAUUGCUGAUGCUGGAGAUAGGGCAGCCUCUUGCAAGCCCUGGCAAGACAAUUUGCUUGAUUCUGAACAAUGUUUGAAGCAGGCCGAGGAGCAGUUUUCAGAGAUUAAGAAACUAUCUGCUAGUUUUGAGAGAACUUUGUCUUCUUAUAAGUGGGGAGGAAAUGACAAUAUUGAAGAUGUUGAAAUCACCCUAGAGGAUGAUGAAUCUUUAAAUGUAAGCUCGGUAAUAACCAUGCACACAACUGAGCAACAGAGACUUGUUCUGAGGAUGCUAGAGAAAUCUUUAGCAAACGAAAUGGAUCUUGAGAAGAAUUUCUUUGACUCAAGGAAAAUUGAAGAAAAUCUAAAACAAAGGAUGGCUUCUUUAGAACAAAAGCUAAGUCUCGUGGAGGAAGAAGCAACUGAUGUUUGGGAAAAAUGGCUUGAGGCAGAUAAUACACGUGAGAUACUGAUAGGAAUUUCGAAAGAGCUGUUGGGUAGACUCCAGAUUUCUCAGUUCAAUUUGAAUGGCUUAAGUCAGCGUGAAUCUGUGCUCAGAGCUAAGCUUGAAACUCCUCUAGAACAAUUGACAGAGAGGGAUGUUCCGUCAGACAAGAUUGAGCAAUUGGAUGGUAAACUAGUUCUUGCCAAUUCUGAGGUUGCCACUUUAAGGGACAAGGUGUGUUCACUUGAGAAGCAGCUAAAAGAAUCUGAAAGCCAGCUAAUCAAUGUGAAGGCAUCUGCUGAUGCAUAUCAGAAACAGUAUACUGUUUUGUGUUCUGAAGUGAGAGAGACGGAAGGUAUUAUCCUUGAAUUGAAAGAAAAUAUAUCUAAUGCAGAAAGUCAGGCUAAUACCGCGGAAGCAAAUUGUAAGUUAUUGUCUGAGACUAAUAGUGAACUCAACAGGCAGAUAGCUCUUUUGAAAGAUAGUGGUGGCAAAUCUGAUUUACUGCUGCAGCAUGCUGUAGCAUCUGCCGAAGCUAGUCUAGAGAAACAAAAUAUGUUGAAUUCUACAAUUAAAGAUAUGGAGCAAGUGAUAAAGGAUCUUAAGUCAAAGGUCUCUAAAGCGGAGAGCCGGGCUGACAAUGCAGAGGAGAAAUUCAUCAUAUUAUCUGAAUCCAAUACUGAUUUAAACGAGGAACUAAGAUUCUUGAGGAGCAGAUUGCACUGCUUGGAAGGAUCACUACACCAAGUGGAAGAAACAAAAGUGGCAUCUGCAAAGGAUAUUGGAAAGCAGACGAAGGUUUUCAAAAGUUUGGUCAUGCAGCUGGCUGUUGAGAGAGAGCGUCUAAAUAAGCAGCUGUCUUCCUUAGCAAGUGAGAACAAAAUAUUGGUUGUGAAGCUAAAGCAGACAAAUAAGUACCCUCAAGAAGUUAGUGUGGCUUUGACAACCGAUCAACAGGAGGACAGGACAUGGAAAAACUCAUCCACAAAUGAUGAUAAUGAAGAAAAAAUUGCAGAUUCUAUGCCAGAUGAUGAUUCUGUGAGGAGAAUAGAUGCAGGAGUUCUUAAUUUUAAGCACUUAUUCAUGCUAUCAGUACUUGUCUUACUGUUUUCCGCCGUGACUUAUCUGAAUGUUGAUGUCAAUUUUUGAAUGAAUAGUCACAUUUUUUCCCCUUGCUUUUGGGAUAUAGGAGGGGAAUAAUGAGGUGUGGAGUUAUGGAACCCUAACCUUAAAUAUCUCGCAAAGGUCAGUAUAGGUUACAGCUUACAAGGCCAUUGACACUGUAGGUUUUAGUGCAAGUUGUUGUGUAGGAAUCGAGUUUUGUACUAAGGGAGAAAAUGAUUGUGGUAGAUAUGAUCUGGUCUCUUAUAACUA